GCAACAGACACGGGCUGUUAGUCCCCAGCAGCACCACAGACCAGGAGCUCCAGCACUUGCGGAACAGCCUGCCCGACUCGGUGCGCAUCCAGCGCGUGGAGGAGCGGCUGUCUGCCCUGGGCAACGUCACUGCCUGCAACGACUACGUGGCCCUCGUGCACCCAGACCUCGACAGGGAGACAGAAGAGAUCUUGGCAGAUGUACUGAAGGUUGAGGUUUUCAGACAAACGGUAGCAGAUCAAGUGCUGGUAGGAAGUUACUGUGUUUUCAGUAACCAAGGAGGAAUUGUGCACCCCAAAACAUCAAUUGAUGACCAGGAUGAACUGUCUUCGUUGCUCCAGGUCCCACUGGUGGCGGGCACGGUGAACCGGGGCAGCGAGGUGAUCGCCGCGGGGAUGGUGGUGAAUGACUGGUGUGCCUUCUGUGGGCUGGACACCACCAGCACUGAGCUCUCUGUCAUAGAGAGCAUCUUCAAGCUGAACGAAGCUCAGCCAAGUACCAUUGCUACCAACAUGAGAGAUUCCUUGAUUGAUAGCUUGACAUGAGCAGUGUUGGUUCCUUCUUCCCAGAAAGCUCCUAAGGAGUGAACUGUCAAGCUGCACUUUGGAUUACAGACAUCUAGACCUUCUGAUGUUUCUGCAGGCCCAGCCCAAGGAAGAGGCUCCAAAACCAACUUCAUGUAGUAUUUUGUAAACUAGAUA